GAACUGGUUAUAAUCUUGGGAAAGAACGGACACACUAGAUAGUCCAUAUCAAAACAGUACACCUUACCCCGAAAACAAUUUAACACAAAAACGUAGCAUAAUGUAUAACAUAAUCCGAAUUCGAUUAGCACCGAAAUUGGUCCCUGCACUUCCCACCUGCCUAAGAAGACAAGUAACACGGAAAUUUACCGUACUUAGCAGGGGAAUUACUGCACAUACGUCAACAAAUGAUAUCGCAUACUGCCAAGAUUUGGCCCUAAGAACACAUUCCACCGUUGAUGCCAAAGGACUCCUGCAGCCAAAGAACGAUGAACUUGGAACGCCAGUAGACACUGGUACGCUAUUCAUAGUAAAAGUACCGCAUAUCGGGAGAGAUGUCAAACACAGUAAAAUACAACAAUGGCACAAACAAAGAGGUGAUGAAGUUGAUGUCGGCGACCUCAUAUGCGUUCUAGAGACAGACCAGGUGCUGGUAAACGUACAGUCACAACUUUCGGGAACUAUAGUAGAAACCGUUGGAAAUGAAGGUUGUAGAGUAAAAGUUGGAGCUGACCUUAUCAUUAUACGCCGUCCAACCGAAGAGAAUGAGGACGAACUAGAAACAGAAGAAGAAUGUGAACAUGAAUCGUACUAAGGAAAUACUAAACACCGGACUGAAUUAACGGAUGUAACACUACAUACAGGAUAGUUUCAGUCCCAUUUCCCAAUUAUACCGGCGGUUCAUACAACUAACAUAAUAAUUUAUAUCGCAAUA